CCAUGUUGGGGCAUGCGUAGAGAGACUCGGAGGCAGGCUGGGGCCCUUGGAAGGUUCUUAAACUUUGAUUGCUUUAGCUUUAAGUUUUCCCGCUGGUUUAGGGAAAGCGACCCGCAGCCUCAAGGAGAGGAGACAAGCUUCUGGCUCCGGACGCACGGAUAGGCCCGGGGAACCCGCAGUCUAAAACAGGAAACUGCCCGAACCCGGACGAGCCUCCUCCGAGGGGUAGUCAGGAAACGCUUCCCGCGGUGGGAAACAAGGGUCCUGCCUUCCGAGAGCCCCUCUAAAGAUGACUCAAGACCAGCCUUUGCUCGCGGUGCAGGAGGCCCUGAGGAAGUGCUUUCCCGUGGUGGAGGAGCAGCAGGGCCUGUGGCAGAGCGCUCUCAGGGACUGCCCGCCGCUCCUGGCCUCCCUCAGCAACCUGGCAGAGCAGCUGCAGGCCGCACAGAACCUGCGAUUUGAGGAUGUGCCGUCACUUCGGGCCUUCCCAGACUUACAGGAGCGGCUGAGGCGCAAGCAGCUGGCGGCUGGUGACACUCUCCUGGACAGGCUAGGGGAGAGGCUAGCCGCCCUCCUCAAGGUGCGUGAUGUAGUCAGCAGCCACGUGGAACACGUGCUUCAGAUCUAUGAGCAGCAUGCAGACAUGAUCAGCCUCGAUGCUGUCCUGCAGGCUUCAGCUGCAAGCCCCUCUGUGGCGGAAAUGUUGGAGUGGUUACAGGAUAUCGAGAGACAUUAUCGAAGUUUGUACCUGAAGAGGAGGUACCUUCUGUCCUCAGUCCAGUGGGGAGACUUGGGAAACAUCCAAGCUUUGCCCAAAGCCUGGGACCGAAUUUCGGAAGACGAACACCCAGACCUUGUACGAGAUAUCCUGUUGAAUGUUUCCUUCUUCCUGGAAGAGUGAAGAAGCCGUGUGUUUAUCGGGAGACUAGGGGGACGCAGUUGAAGACCGACCUUACUGCGCUCUGGUAUUUCUAAAGAAAUGCCAGCAUUGCAACUGGACUUAUUGGAAAUGUCAGUGUCUAGAGCCUGAGGAUUGUACUGGAUGUUGGGUCUUCUUCAUGCCAGGUCCUGGGUGAGGGCACAUGGUCACACCUUGCCCUUUCCUAAGGCUCAGGGGAGUGGACAGAGACAGAGAGGAUGCAGGAAAGGCCGUGCAGAAGAACACUGGGUGCAGAAGCAACAGCCACAGAAGUGGUAAGGAAGGAAAGGACAGGGGUAGAGAGUGCCGCUGCCCCCAGCAUCAUCCAAAGCUCUGAGCCUCGUUGACACCAGGUCCUGGUUUCGUGUAUUUGUGUCAGUAUCCAACUCCUUGAUGAAAAAAAGUGGCUUUGAUGAUUUAAAGAAGGAAGGGGUGGGACUUCCCUGGUGGUCCAGUGCUUAAGAAUCCUCCUUCCAAUGCAGGGAACACAGGUUUGAACCCUGGUCAGGGAACUAAGAUCCCACAUGCCGAGGGGCAGCUAAGCCUGCGUGCCACAACUAGAGAGAAGCCUGCGUGCUGCAACGAAAGAUCCCGUGUGCCACAACUAAGACCUGACACAGCCAAAUAAAUAAAUAGAUACUUUAGAAAAAUAAAGAAGUAGAGGUGAUAUUGGUGGAAAACAGUUACUGUUUCCGAAUUGCAGUGGCUCCUUAUCAUCAAAACAAUUUUCGUUUCCAGAGCCUACCACCAGGGGGAGGUGGUGCAGCAUGAAUUAUUCUGAAUGCUUUGUGUUUGGAGGGGUUCUCUUGCUCUUCCUAUCUGAGAGUAAGUAACUGGGGGUAGUGGGACUCCUCAAAUAACAGUUUUUUGUUUUUUGUUUUUUUUAAACCAAAGCUGGUGACUGACUUGCUACAGUUCUCUGAUCUUGGGGUGGCUGCGUGGAUGGGAGAACACCAGCUCACAGUCAGGUGUUCAGGGUUGGGUUUCUGAGGCCCAGUGCCUUCAUCAGUGAAAUGGUCGUGGUACUUCCCGACCUGUCAACUUCCUGGGCUGGUGUAAAAAUCUGGGUCAUUGGAUGUAAAGAGGCUUAAUAAAGAAUAUAGAUAUUUUUCAAAAUGAAAAUGACUUUUUUCGUAUUACAAAAGUGAUAUAUGCUUUUUAAAAAACAGUAGAGGGCUUCCCUGGUGGCGCAGUGGUUGAGAGUCUGCCUGCCGAUGCAGGGGACGUGGGUUCGUGUCCUGGUCCGGGAAGAUCCCACAUGCCGCGGAGUGGCUGGGCCCGUGAGCCAUGGCCGCUGAGGCUGCGCGUCUGGAGCCUAUGCUCCGCAACGGGAGAGGCCACAACAGUGAGAGGCCCGCGUAUGGCAAAAAAAAACAAAAAAAAAAACAGAAAAAUUGUAGAAAACAUUUAAAAUGCAGAAAAGUAUAAAAUAAGCUCCACCAGAGAUAUUUUGUUAAGUAUCUUUUUAGUGUCCAUAUUCACAAGUUUUUUUAACAAAACAAUUAGGGUGUUAUUGAUAAAUAUUGUUGUUUAAGUUAUCUUUUUAAAAAAUCUUAAUAUAGUUUGGCCAGUUUUUCAUAUCUGUGAAUAUAGCUCAACACAAUUAUAUACCAUUUUAUGAAUGUAUUAUAAUGUUAUAUUUUACAUGUAUUUUUUUAAGUCAUCAUGUUUUUCUACCUGUAAGGAUAAUACAUUCUGACUGUGAAAGAUGGAAGUAUUACAGAAAGUGAAAAAUGCACAAUGUCCACCUACCAGAUACGUAAUCAUUUUUAAUAAUGUGGUGUAUAUUCUUCCAGGAAUUUUUUUUUUCUUCCAGAAAUUAAAAAAAAUCUAUUCUAUCACAUAUAUAAUAAUUGUAAAUAACUUAACUCAAGACAUUUGGGUAUCAGGUCUUAUGAUGUGCUGUGGGUACAGAGGUGAAGGAGAGCCCUGAAAAGAUUUAUAGUUAAACCAGGGAAAGAUUUAAACCAGUGUUUCUCAAGUUUGAAAAUGUAUGUAAAUCACUGGUAUCUGGUUAAAAUUUAGAUUCCCAUUCUGUAGGUCCUGGGGUGGGGCCCUGAACUCUGCAUUUCUUACGAGGUCCCAGGUGAUGCUGAUGGUCCAAGGACCAGACUUUAAGUGGAGAGAUUUAAACUGUAAUAUAACAAUGCUGUAUUUGAGAUCAAAACAGAAUUCCAUGAGAGAGUAGAGGUGACAGCCAACUGCUUGUGGGACUACUUCAUGGUGACUGUGACAUCUGAGGCAGGCCUUGAGGCUCAGAAAGGAGUGCAGGGUGCUGCACGUACAGGGACAGUCUAAGCAAAGGCAGUAUUUGAGAAAGAAUGGAAGCUGAUACCUCCUGGAAGUGUGUGGGCAUCGUGCUUGUGGCUUGUACCCCCUAGAACUGGAAGCAUUAACAGUUGACUAUAGCAAGUCACUGGAGUUCACAGGGGGACGGAAGAGUGGCAGGAAAUGGGUCUGUAAAGGUGAACUGGAAUGAAUUUGUGAAUGCCAUGAUCAAGAGUAUGUAUUUUGCAAAUGGGAGUUGCUUGCUUGUUUGUGUGUGUGUGUGUGUAUAAAAAUGAGCUUUUUAAACCUCCCUCAUUGAAGCAAGUAAUCAUGACUGAAUAGACACAAGUAUGUUUAAGGUGCUAAGUAAUAACUAUGUAUUAUUUAAGUAUAAUUUUUCCUUCUUAGCUUUUUUCUUCUGCUGUUAAAUUGCUAUCCUAAUUUUCCAUUUUAUUUAUUUUCCUUAUUUUUUUGGUUGCAUUGGGUCUUAGUUGCGGUACUUGGAGUCUUCGUUGAGGUGUACAGGAUCUUUUCGUUGGGGCUUGGGCUCUUCAUUGCAGCGCAUGGGCUUCUCUCUCUAGUUGUGCAUGGGUUCCAGAGCACGUGCGCUCUGUAGUUUGUGGCUCAUGGGCUCUCGUUGAGGUGCACGAGCUCAGUAGUUGCAGCAUGCAGGCUUAGGUGCCCCGCGGCAUGUAGGUUCCCCGACCAGGGAUCGAACCUGCGUCCCCUGCAGUGGAAGGUGGAUUCUUUACCACUGGACUACCAGGGGAGUCCCUCUAAUUGUCCCUUUUAAAUUUACAAUUAAUUUGGUUUAUUUUUUGAGUAAGUGAUACUUUCACAUUGUACAAAAUUCAUAGGGUGCAAGUGCAUAUUCAGUGAAAAGUUCCCCGUUACUCAGUCCCCCUCCCUGGAGGCAGCCAAUGUUAAAUGUUUCCAGUGUGUCCUUCCAAAAAUAUUCUUUGCCUCUAUGAGUGCAGGGGUGGUUACCCUCCAAGAUAGCCCCAUAGAUCCCAAUGAUCCAUGCCCUUGUAUACUCCCCUCCCCUUCAGUGUGGGCUGACCUGACAGAUUCGCUUCUGAUGAAUAGAAGACAGUGGUAGUGGUGGUCAUUUCUGGAACUAGGUUAUGAGGAAAGACUGGCUUCCAUGGUGGGUGCUGUCCCUUGCUCUCCUGGGGAAGUCGUCUGUGAGGCAGCCCUGUGGAGAGCUCACGUGAGAGCCUGAUGCCUGCCAGCAACCCUGAGUGAACUUGGGAGCAGACCCUCUUCCCGAGCUGAGCCUUCAGAUGAGACCACAGCCCCAGCUAACAGCUUGACUACAACCUCAUGAGGACCUAAGCCAAAGGCAACCUAGCUCAGCCGGCCCGGAUUCCUGACCCAUGGAAACAGAUAAUAAAUGUUUGUCUUAAGUCA